AUGGCUAAACUUGCAAUUUUGAUAACCGUAGUAUUACUUAGUGUUUACCUUACAGAAGAAGCACAUUUCUUAAGUAAAGAUUAUGUAAAAAAAAUUAACAAAGUUGCUAAGACUUGGAAGGCUAAACAAAAUUUUCGUGAAAAUACUCCAAAAGAACUAAUCGUUCGGUUAUUAGGCUCUAAGCGUCUCUUAGACGUUUUUAAAAGUCCUAUCAAGAAAAAUGAUAAUUUAUACAUGGAUGAUAGUGAAGUUCCAGAAUUUUUCGACGCAAGAUCACAAUGGAAACAUUGCAAAACAAUUGGGAAAGUCCGUAACCAAGGAAAUUGUGGAUCCUGUUGGGCUCAUGGUACCACUGGAGCGUUUGCUGAUCGACUAUGCAUAGCGACGGAUGGAGAAGUCAAUGAACUCUUAUCCGCUGAAGAGCUGACAUUCUGCUGUAAGCGAUGUGGUGAUGGAUGUAAUGGAGGUUAUCCAUUGAAAGCUUGGAAAUAUUUCAAAAAACACGGCGUUGUCACCGGAGGCAACUACAACACUACCGAAGGAUGCCAACCGUACAAAGUACCACCUUGCGUGAGAGACGACGAGGGACAUAAUUCAUGCUCGGGACAGCCUACCGAACGUAAUCAUAAAUGUUCGAAGAAAUGUUAUGGUGACACAACAGUAGAUUAUAAAAAAGGGCAUUACAAAACGAAAGAUGCGUAUUAUCUCAGCAACACCAGUAUGCAGAAAGASACGAUGACGUAUGGACCCAUUGAAGCGACGUUCGAUGUUUACGAUGAUUUUCCGAAUUACGAAUCCGGAGUUUACCAAAGGACCGAAAAUGCAUCGUACCUAGGGGGACAUGCAGUUAAAAUGAUCGGAUGGGGCGUAGAGGAAGGUACACCGUAUUGGCUGAUGGUCAAUUCUUGGGGUGAAAAUUGGGGAGCCAAUGGGUUGUUUAAAAUACUUAGAGGCACAAAUGAAUGUGGAAUUGAAAGUUCGUGCACAGCAGGCGUGCCUUUGGUUUAAGACACCAACUAUUUUAUAGUGAAUGAAAAUACACAUUAAUACUAUUAGGUACUUACCUACUA